UAACAAUUAUCUCAGUAAUCUGCUUAAAAAGUGAAUAAAUAAAGCUGGAUGAAGGUUUUUGCUUUUUGAAAUUUUAACAGAAUGGUUCAACAUGCACCGAAGGUCGUCAAAUGGUGUUUCAUCCGGGAGAUCUUAAAUGUGACACUACCAAGUUAUAAAAUGAAGCUCAAGAGGUUAUAAUUCACAUACCAGCAGAGGAAGACAACAGUUCAUUGGAAGAGAAUGACAGCAUCUCUCACGGUGUUUCUAGCUUCAUAAAUUUUGGUUACGCUGCUGCCAUGGCGGCCAUGAACGACAGAGAUUCAGAUGAACUUGAUGACAUAGAUCACGAGGCGUUCUUUCCUCCUCCCCCCAGGGGACCUCCUCCGCCACCGCCGGACUCUGACGAGGACGACAAGGACGACGAGGACGACGACGAGGACGACAAUGAGGACGACAAUAAUUCACCUGUUGUCUUCCGCCGAAGUGAUUACGAAAAAGGUAGAGAUAGUCCGGGGCUCCAGCCUGCAGAUUACGAUGGUGAUGUUGAUGGCAUGGUACUAAGUAACUCUCCUUCAGAGUCCACAUCAGGCGGCACAGAUCAGUUAGUAACAGGUUCUCUAAAAGUUUCAUUACCUAAUGGUUUGUUCUUGAAGCGAUUUUCUUUGACCGAAGAUACUACCGAGCUUUAAACAAGCUCGACAACCACAUAAUCCACUAACACUUAGAUACGGCCGUUAUAGACUUGGGCACUGCUCCCUAUUUAGUAAAUAUGAUCGGUACAGAUACUGCAGAUACAAAAGUCCAAUAAUAGGGACGCUUCGUAAGGUUUAGGGCUGGCAGAUCAGUGUUUAAUGUUAUGUCAAUCUCGGACGGAAGAACAUAAGGAGGUCCUCAUACCGUGAGAUAAACGACCAAGUCAACUCACUAGCAGCAAAAUGUUUCAGAAAUCAGAAAUCAAUCAGUCUCUUAGUUACUGAUGGCAGAGUAAAAAAACUCUCUAAAAUAGGUAUUUAUUAUCAAUGGUACGACUGUCACAAGUGAAACGUACGCAAUAUGUUAACUUUAUUGAUUAUUUUAACUCGCCAGCGCAGUAAUCUUACUUGUAAUCUUAUAGAUGGUUAACAAAGUUAGCAACAAAUAUACAGCUGACGAGCAUCUCAUGUACCACAGUCAGCCGCCAUCUUGAAUAAGGAUGUAUGCCAACGGUGUUUCACUCAGUAUUUCAAAAGGGUCCUUCUCAUCUCCUUUCGUAACAAUUCAGACGAGAAGCUUAUAUUAACAUCGUACCAUACUACUUCUGGCUUGAAAACAUCGCCUUUGCCGAUGGACUUCUGAAUUUGAAGGUUAUAAUUGCAAAUAGUUUUGUUAAACAGAACGUAUAAAAGUUGUCAAAAUUUUUCUUAGAAUUCUAAGAAGUGUCCUUUCAAGCAUUUUUGUUGUUUUUUUGUUCUGCUCAGACGUCGACAGUGUCAAAGUUAAGUUUGUCUAUUAAUUCAAAUUCACGGUUCUCGAAGACUGAGAUUAGGGUGCCCCCUAAAGAAAGAGUUUACUCUUUUCGAACAAUUUUAUUAGUUCAUCCUGUGGAACUGUUAGAUAUCACAUAUUUUAUAUUUUUGAAAAGGUUGUAAGACAAAGAAAUGACUAUUUUUGCGAAUGUAAAUAUGAAUUACGUACUCUGAUGCUGUUUGUAAUAGCAUCUUGAAGAAGAGAGUUUUGAAUGUCUCAGUUUUUACUUUUAGUUUAUUCAGUCCACACUCAAAGUGCAAUUUUCAGUUUCAGUCCACAAAAUUAAUAAAAGAACACAAACAAUAAAACCAA